AUGGGAGACCUCGGGCAUUACGUCGACUUCCCAUCACCACCCAACUCGAUGUACUACGUCUACGGCGACGGUGACCGAUAUCUGUCCGAAUCGCAGAGCCCCAACAACUCAGCCGUGGGUUCUCGCGCUCAGCUCGGGUCAGAGCAAGCUUCUGACAAUUCAGUCUACAGGUAUCCGAGCCCGGGGCACGAAGAAGGAGAAUCCGCCGAAGCGCCAGAACCGCAGAAACCAGCUGCGAAGCGGAAACGGGAGAACCGGUACAAGAACGCCCCGCCCGCCGUGCUAUCGAGGCGUAGAGAACAGAAUCGCGCCUCACAGCGUGCCUACCGUGAGCGCAAGGAUCAGAGGAUAAGGGACCUCGAGCAGAUGCUUAACGAGGCCAAGCAGCGCAAUGAUGUGCUCAGCCGAGCCUACGCCGCGCUCCACGCCGAAUACAUGGCCCUUAAGUCUUCCCAGCUCGGCGACACGAGCUACCCGCAGCAGUUUGGCGGCGGCCUGCUCUACAACAGCAGCGGUACCCCAGUAACUACGCCGCUAAACGCCAGCGGCGGCGUCGAUGGUCUCGAGGGCCUGGACAUGUAUGCUUACGGCGACAUGAGCACCCCGAGGGGGUACACGUUAUAAGGUGCCGGGAGCGAAACCGGCAGGCACCUCGUUCUCUCCGCGGCUCCCCUCUUCCUCUGCGCUUCCGGCGUUUUGUCAUGUGGCGCCAUAUCGCGGAGUCGGCCAGCUGGUGUCUGGCUGCGACCACGGCACAGCUCUCUGCUCUCGCCCCAGCGCCUAACGAAGCAAUCGGGGAUUUCCGCUCAGGCGGACGGCGGGCGAAAACCGCUCCGGAAUCGUCGGACCGGUCGCCAGCAAGCAGCAAGCCGGCCAGUGCUUGCUCGGUCACAUAAAAGGAAAAAGCAGCAUUUCGCACACCCGCUCGUGUAUGCAGACACACACGCUCCUAUAAAAGGAAGCCGGUGCGUCUCGGGAGCAUGGACUCGGGAGGAUAUGUGUGAAACAUGACUCUCUUUUACGCUACCCCCUCGACUUAGAAGCGGUCUCUGGCGUUCAUUUAGAGUCGGAGUCUCUUCAUCCCUUAUUUUCGCUCUUAUUAUCUCAUCCCCCAAGGUUUUGUUUGCAUGGAAGGUUAUCGGGCAUAUUGGGGUUUCCAUUGUUGAGCUUUUUUGGGUUCCGAUCAUGUUAUGUAUGAUACGAUGGCGCAGGGCAGGGCACUAUACCCGAUGGAUGGCUGCAUGGGAAACAAUGGGCAACAUACAGAAAUUGUACUAUGACUCUAGUUGAUGUAAUGGCAUCCUCUUCCUCUUUCUCCUCCU